CCGGAGCCGGAGCCGGAGCCGGAGCCGCAGCGGCAGCGGCAGGGCCGGGGGGGCCCGACCGGGGCUGCGCCCGCGCGGUUCCGCCAGCGCCUCCGCCUCAGGCCCGGCCCGGCCCGGCCGGCCAGCGCGCCUGCAUGAGGUUGAUGCUGCUGUGCUGCACCUGCAGGGACGAGCCUAUGGGAGAGGACAAAGGGAGCCAGCUGCCGGUGUGUGCGAGCUGCGGGCAGGGCAUCUUCGAUGGGCAGUACCUGCAGGCGCUGAAGGCUGACUGGCAUGCCGACUGCUUCAGGUUCCCCUGGGGCCGGGGGUGCCCAGGGCUGUCCCCGGGCUGUGUCCCUGUCCGGUGGAUGAGGAUGCUGGCGGCGGUGCUGAGGAAGAGCCGCAUCCUGAGCGCCGGAGCCAAGUGCUGUGACUGUGGGGCCUCCCUGUCCCACCAGUACUACGAGAAGGAUGGGCGCCUGUACUGCAAGAAGGAUUACUGGGCACGCUUCGGGGAGCUGUGCCACGGCUGCUCCGAGCAGAUCACCAAGGGGCUGGUCAUGGUGGCCGGGGAGCAGAAGUACCACCCCGAGUGCUUCAGCUGCCUCAACUGCCGCGCCUUCAUCGGGGAUGGGGACACCUACGCGCUGGUGGAGCGCUCCAAGCUCUACUGCGGCCACUGCUACUACCAGAUGGUGGUGACCCCGGUGAUCGAGCAGAUCCUGCCGGACUCGCCGGCCUCCCGCAUCCCUCACACCGUCACCCUCGUGUCCAUCCCCGCCUGCUCCGACGGCAAGCGCGGCUUCUCCGUGUCCAUCGACCAGGGCUGCGGCAGCGAGCACCCCCGCACCGUGCGCGUCCGAGAGGUGGACCCAGACUGCAUCAGCCCUGACAUGAAGAACUCCAUCCACGUUGGUGACCGCAUCCUGGAGAUCAACGGGACCCCCAUUGGCCACGUCCCCCUGGACGAGAUCGACCUGCUGAUCCAGGAGACGAGCCGCCUGCUGCAGCUGACCAUCGAGCAUGACCCCCAUGAGCCGCUGGGCCGGGAGGCAGGGCUGGCGGGCAGCCCCCUGCCCGCCCUGUGCAGCCCGCUGUGCUCGCCAGCCCCCGCGCCCUGCGGGGACCCCACUGCCGUGCGCCAGCGCGCUGUCACGAGGAGCUGCAGCACGGACAAGUCCCCGGGCUCGGGCUCCGCGGGCUCUCCCGCGUCCCAGCGCAAGGACAUCGGGCGCUCCGAGUCCCUGCGCGUCGUGUCCCGCGCUCACCGCAUCUUCCGCCCCUCUGACCUCAUCCACGGCGAGGUGCUGGGCAAGGGCUGCUUUGGCCAGGCCAUCAAGGUGACACAUCGGGAAACUGGCGAGGUGAUGGUCAUGAAGGAGCUGAUCCGCUUUGACGAGGAGACACAGAGGACCUUCCUAAAAGAGGUGAAGGUGAUGCGCUGCCUGGAGCACCCCAACGUGCUCAAGUUCAUCGGGGUGCUCUACAAGGAGAAGAGGCUCAACUUCAUCACAGAGUACAUCAAAGGGGGCACCUUAAGGAGCCUCAUCAAGAGCAUGGAUAGCCACUACCCCUGGAGCCAGCGGGUCAGCUUCGCCAAGGACAUCGCCGCUGGCAUGGCCUACCUCCACUCCAUGAACAUCAUCCACCGUGACCUCAACUCUCACAACUGCCUCGUGCGGGAGAACAAGAGCGUGGUGGUGGCUGACUUUGGGCUGGCACGGCUGAUGGUGGACGAGAAGAACCAGCCCGAGCAUCUCAAGAACCUGAAGAAACCAGACCGCAAGAAACGCUACACGGUGGUGGGGAACCCCUACUGGAUGGCCCCCGAGAUGAUCAAUGGGAGGAGCUAUGAUGAGAAGGUGGACAUCUUCUCCUUCGGCAUCGUCCUCUGCGAGAUCAUCGGCCGGGUGAGCGCUGACCCCGAUUACCUGCCCCGCACCACCGACUUCGGCCUCAACGUCCGGGGCUUCCUGGAGCGCUACUGCCCCCCCGCCUGCCCCCCCAGCUUCUUCCCCAUAGCUGUCUGCUGCUGUGACCUGGACCCCGAGAAGCGGCCGUCCUUCGCCAAGCUGGAGCAGUGGCUGGAGACGCUGCGCAUGCACCUGGAGAUCCACCUGCCGCUGAGCUCGCAGCUGGAGCAGCUGGACCGAGCCUUCGGGGAGACGCACCGGCGGGAGGGGGGGCUGCCUGCGGCCCCGCGGUAGAGCCCCCGCGCCCCUCUCUCUGCAGCCACGGGAGGCGGAGCUGCGCCCGCCGCCAGCCGCUCCUGGGGCUGCCCCACCCGGGGCUGGAUCCCGGGCCUCUGGACGCGCCCCCACCCCGCUGCCCACCCCGGGGAGCCGGCUCUCCCCGGGGCCGCAUGGCCCUGGGCACCCCCACGCCGUAGCUCUGACCGCCAGGACCAGCCCGGCCGGCCGCACCGCGGGGACCGUCCCACGGCCCCGUGUCCCCCCCGGCUCACCUCCCCUUUGCACAGCGGGGCUGCCCCGCCCGAGCCCCGGGCUCCCCGGACAGAGCCGCGGCCUCGCGGCGGUGCCUUGGCUUUCCGUGAACUUGCACUGCGACAGGAGGGUCCCCGCGGCCCCCGGAGCGCCCUCGUAGCAUCGCCCCCGCCCUCGGCCGGCCCCCGAGGCUGCUCCCGCCGGCACCCCGGGCUCGGGGGGCUGCCGGCACCCCCGGCCGAGUGCGGGGUCGUGGGCACGCCCCGUGGCGUGGGGACAGGCCCGUGGCGGUCCCUGCCGCCCCCUGCCCCGGGACAGCGCCGGCUGCUCCGGAGGGACGGGGGCUGCAGCUCAUCUCGGUCCCCCGCCCCGGGGGCCCCGGGGGGUUGUGCCACGCGGUGCUUUUCAUGCUCUUUAUUCAGGUUCAUUUUUCUGUAAGAUAUUUAAAGAGAAGAGUUUGUAUUAUUUUUUCAUACAACGUAGCGUUUGCCAUUUGUCACUGCCUCGGUUCUGCUUUCCCGAAGGGAUCAAACUGUGAAGCCUCUCCGUGCACUUUUGCCCGGGAAGUCCAAGGCAAUGUCCUCUGCGGAGGCGGGAAGGGAGCUCAAACUGUGAUGUACCCCGAGCCGUGAGUCAAUAAAUCCUUCCUCACUCGCUGCCCGGCCUGUUGGCAAUCGCUCGCCUCCCCUGGGGGGGCUGGGAGCUCCUGGGGAGACUGAGGCACGAGGGGACAGCCCCUCUGCCCAGGGUGGGGCUGUGGCACCAGCUGUGGUGGCACCCCCAGCUCGCUCACCUCCAUGGGGACAAUGCUGUUGUCCCUCUUGGUGCUGUCCCCACCCCACUGUGGGUACCCCCAGCCCUGAGACUGGUGCUAUCCCUGCCUAUGGCACCAGGGCCCCAAGCACUGUGUCCCCUCACUGGCCCGGUGGCCAUGCCACUGUCACACCAGGGUGGUGACAGAGGUGACCAUCGAUGCCAUGGAGCUGAUUUGCAUUUUGUGUCAAACCAGCCCCAGGGAAGAAUGAAGUGGCUCAUGCUGGGGUAGCCCAUGGCCCUCCCAUGCUGUCCCUCUGUCCUCAACACCUUCCUGGACCAAACUAAGGUCCCCAAGCUCUGUCAUUGGGGGAUGCUGAGCUUUGGAAGCUGGAGAAGACCUGGAACCCAAGGAGCUGAGAGGGGAGUGACAGGGAAGGGAUGGGACUGGGGCGAUGUCCCCAAGGAUGUCCCCAGUGAUGCUGCUGCUGUGGAAGGAGCCUGAAGGGGCCCAGGAUCUAGGCUGGAACCCCCAUCAGGGAAACUUCAUGAUUUAUUGCUCUGGAGGGAGUGGCGGAUGUAGUGACAGUGGCUCUGUCCCCCCUCCUGGGGGGACAGUCAGGACAGGCUCCUGACUGCCUGUUCCCCAGUACCCCAGUAGGGACAGGGACCAGCACCUGCCUGGUGUCACAGGCUGUCACACCACCCUUGGUGACACCACACUGCCCCUGCUGACACCCCACUGUGCUGAUUCUUCGCUCUAGGAGCAGGACACUGUCACUCCCUGGGAACACUGGGAUGAGGGACCCAGUGUGCCCUUCACACCUGGGAAACACCACAGUCCCCAGUCCCCUGCUGCCAGAGGACAGCAGCACCCCAGGAGUCCCCCAGCCCUGCAGUAGGAGCCCCCAAACCCAUGGGACCUCCCCAGCCCCUCACCCAGCUGGGUGCAGCUGUGGCUGUGGUAUGCCUGGUGGUGCCAGGGACACCACACCCACUGGGACACUUGCUGGUGGCCCUUGGGGCAGGAGCCAGCAGCUGGCCACAAUGCCAAGUGGCCACCCAGUCACCCCCGUGACCAGCAGCUCAUCCCAGACCAAGUCAGCAGCUGGGACACCCCCUCACCAGGCAGGGAGGUGGCUCUGGCACAGCUGCAGUGGCCCCAAGCUGUCACUGUCAUGUGAAAGUCCCCUUCAGAGAUGUGCAGCACUGUGCCCAAAUCCAGCCCCAGUCCAGCCUGACCCAGUGCCUGACCCUCUUCAUCCCAUCACCGGCACCUGGCUGUCCCCUCCAGCCCAGGAGGGACAAGGCCACCCAGACCAUGUCACAGGCCACUAAGAGCUGCCACUGCAUCCACUGUCUCUGCCCAGGCCCUGCUCUGUGCUCCCCCAAGGAUGUCUCUGGUAGAGUCCUGCCCAUGCCUGUCCCCAGUCUGGAAUGGUGGUACUUGGGAAGCCAGGUGUCCCCACCAAGGGGGUGGCCAAAGGCACCAGUGGCUCUGGUAGGGACACACUGAGAGCUCCAGCAUGAACCAUCAGCUGUGGGUUUGUCGCCUUCCUCAUGGGGAAGUUUGGGGCUCCAGGGGAGAGGAGGAAGGGCAGGUUCUCCCAGAAUCCUGCCAAGGUGGGCACUGGUGCUGUGGGGACCCUGCUGAGGGACAUCUUGUGACAGGGGUAACAGGCAGAGGGCCCUCAUGAGGCUUGAGAUAUGCAAGGAGAAGAGGUGAUGGGGAUCAGUCAGGACACCCAGCUCCAUAGGGGUGUGUGGAGCUGGAGGAGGGUCACUGGGAUCCCACCAAGGCACCCAGCUCCAUAGGGGUGUGUGGAGCUGGAGGAGGGUCACUGGGAUCCCACCAGGGUGCCCAGCUCUGUAGAGGGGUCACUGGGGUCCAGCUGGGGUGUGCAGCUCCAUGGGGACUUGGGAUCUGGUCACCAUCCCUGGCCACAGCAAGACCCCCACAUGAGGAUUUUCCAGUGGUGAGCAGGCAAAGGCUCUGGGAUCCUCUGGAGCCCUUUCCAGCUCAGCCAGAGGCUGGAUUAGAGACAUCCUGGAAUCAUUUCUGUCCUGCACCCCUCUGAUCCCCCAUCCUGCAUCUGGCACAUGGUUCUGCAGGGUGUCUGUCAUGGUUGACCGUGUCCCCAGAGCUGCCUCUGUCCCUUGGGUACAGGAUCCCUCCCUCUGGCUCAGGAAUAGGGGCUUUGUGUGGUUCUGGAGCAGCCUGAGCCCUCCUUCCAUGAUUUGGUGUCGCUGUCACACCUCCCUGCUGCAACCUGAGCUGGGAUAAGGAGCCACCUCCUUGGGUCAUACACGUCACCAGGACUGGUGGCUGCAUGGGGAACAUCCAGACACCCAAAACUGGUGGAGCUCUGAGGCCAAUGGUGAGAGGUCAGUGCCUGUCUGCCUCAAUUUCCCUCAGAGCUGGAGCAGGCUGUGAGAUAUGAGAAUGGGAAGCAGCUCCUGUCCCCUCUCCUGUGUCCUCUGGUCCCCAGCCAAAUCCAGGCAAGAAAAUCCUAUGGGACACAGUUCCCACCUCAUUUGCUAGCAGUUUUUGUAACUACAUAAACGUGGCAUUUAUAAACAGAGCCCUGGGAAUACAGUUCUGCCAUCCUGCCCCUCUUUGCCAGCACGUGGGGCCCAUCCCUGACCCACCUGCUGGUCCUGUGGGGACACAGGCACCUGGGAGGGGACAGCUGGGGGACCCUGAAAGCCUCAGCUGCUUCUGAAGGGAAAAGUGGCUCUCCUCAGUCCCACUGCCAUCCUCCCCCAGCUCCAGCACAGCCCCUUCCCAGUGGGGCUCCAGACAGGGAGGUAAGGGAUGGGUGCUCCUGAUUCCCUGGUGCCACCAGGUCCCCAGGCAGGACCAGAGAUGGGCAGCACUGACUGAUGAGUCCUUUGUGAGGGAUUUGGGGGCGGGUGACACGAGAUGAGCUGUGGGAAGGUUCAGUCCAAGAAGGGAAGGGGGGCUUUGUAUGGGCAGGGCUUGGUUGGGACCACCUGGGCUCAUGUUUGGAUGGCUGUGACCAUGUCCCCACCGCUGUGACACCAUCCAUAGAGCUCAUCCCAUGUCCAAACCCCUCCAAGGGGCUGCUACUGCCCAGACUGGGGAUUUUUGACCCUUAAAACCCCUAGGGCCCCCUACUCUGAGCAGGAGCUCUCUGCAGAGACAGCCCAAGGAUGGAGAGACCCUGGUAUGUGGGUUUGGGGAGCUGUGGGACCCUGAUGUGUGAGUCUAGGGAACUCCCCUGUGUGUGGGUUUGGGGAGCUGUGGGACCCUGGCAUGUGGGUUUGGGUUUGGGGGACCCCAGACUGUGGGUCUAGGGGCUAUUGGUUGUCCUGCAAGACAAGCACAGGGAGCCCUCCAGGCAUGGGCAGCCUUUCUGGGCUCACACCAAGGGAAGGAGGCCAAAAGGCAGGAGUUUCACCACACACCCCCCAACCCACCUCAUCCCUGUGCUGGAGCAGAUCUUGGGGAGCACCACAAGAGCCUGAUGUGGCUCAUCCUUUCCACAGUGUGAAAAAUGAGUUUAUUCCCAGCUUAGAGACUGUUUGGCUGCUUUGGAGAGAGGAGAGCAGAACUUCUGUCUGUGCUGUGGUGACUCUUGGGGUUUUGUGCCCUGGGAUGUGUCACUGGGAGCAGCAGUGAGGUGCUCCACUCCAUGCACACGGCAUUGUUUGGCUCAGCCACCACACUGGGAAGGCCCCAAAACGGGACCAGUUACAAGAGAAAGAACUAAAAAUAGAGAUUCUCAUGGUGGAUGCAGGGAAGCAUCUGAA